AUGCCACCUCUCCCUGGCUUUUCGGACAACCCGUUCCGCUCUCGAAGCGACGUCCUCGUUGCCGUCAAAGCUCUGCUCCGACCUUUACUUCCUUAUUUCUCUCCAGGAUGUGCCAAGAUUCGUAUCCCCGUUGCCACUGGCACACAUUUCGACGAAACCGCGGCCCAGCUCGAAGGCUACGCCCGGCCACUAUGGGUCGUCGCUGCUCUGCUCAUGAAUAGCGAUGAGCCUGACUGGGAUCUAAUACAGCCAUGGAUUAAGGGCAUAGAAACCGGCACCGACCCAGAGCACCCCGAGUUCUGGGGGCACAUCCGGGAUUACGACCAGAAAAUGGUUGAAUGUGAGAUGAUAUCUUUUUUACUAUUGGCCGCACCAAAAGAGCGCCUGUGGGAGAGCAUGGACCCCAAAGUUCAACGCAAUAUAAUAGCAUGGUUGUCAGAAAUCCAAGCCAAAGCUAUGCCACCUGCAAACUGGCUUUGGUUUCGCGUCUUUGCCAAUUUGGCUCUUCUGAAAACAUGCGGGGUAGACACACCCAGAGUCCGAGAGUCCCUUCAAAGUGAUCUCGAGCUGCUCGACACCUUUUAUGUUGCGGAUGGGUGGUCUGGAGAUGGUGUUUGGAGAUCAGCAGAGCUGGAUGAAAAGGAAUGGGACAUCUAUAAACAAACUGGGCGAGCAAACGCGCUUCCUAAUAGUAGAAAUAUGUGCUACUACUCGGGCAGCUUCGCCAUCCAAUUCAGCCAGCUUCUAUACAUCCGCUUUGCUGGGGAUUUGGAUCCUAAAAGAACCGAAAGAUACCGCCAACAAGCGCGAGAUUUUGGUGCCGGAUUCUGGAGAUAUUUCGACUCCGAGGGUGCAGCGAUACCAUUCGGUCGUUCUUUGACGUACCGCUUUGCCUGUGGUGGCUUCUUCGCAGCACUCUCUCUAGCUGGAGUUGACCAAAUGCCCGUACCCCUUCAAACAUUGAGAGAUGUCAAGGGGUUUCUCCUACGCCAUCUCAGAUGGUGGGCGAGACACUCGGACAAUAUCUUUUAUCCAGAUGGAACGCUAAAUAUUGGCUGGGUUUACCCGAACUGGUAUCUUGCCGAAGACUACAACUCGCCUCAAUCCGUCUAUUGGGCUCUGAAAUCUCUUAUAAUCGUCGCUUUAGAUGCCGAUCAUCCAUUCUGGGUCCAGCCCGAAACACCAUAUCCUGAUGGCGGUGGGUUUAUCGGUAUUCCUUUCAAAGCUUCAAGGGCCAAAUACUCUAAAUUUGCAUACUCAUCGGCAUUUGGAUUCUCUGUCCCCUAUGGGCCUGUUUCACUAAGACAGUCGCCACCCGAUAACACGCUUGCUUUUAGCAGAGACGGUGGCGAUACCUGGGCCGUAAAAUACAAGACAGAGCAAGCUGAGUUUGGCAGAAUCAAGGUUUGUGAUGAGGAAGUUCCCAUAGGGACUGUAUCAUGGUACCCCUGGACCGAUCGUAGCAUUGUUGUGACGACUACUAUGAUCCCGCCAACGUCGAGAUGGCCAGACUGGCACAUCCGCAUUCACAAAAUUAAGGCAACCACAUCAACGUCACGAGUGUUCUUGUCCGAGGGAGGUUUCGCAAUUAACAGUCGCCAGAAGAGCAAUCAUCUACUGCUGCCUGAAGUGGCAGUAAAUGAGCAAACUGACGGAGUGGAUGAAGGUAUCAUUCGCACCGAAAAUUCGGUUCUGGUCUCAAAUAAUGGCGAUGCAGUCGGGAUCUCCAUCGAUGAACCAGCAAGAACCUCCCUCAACUUCUCAAUGUCGGCCUUCGAUCCGGAACCAAAUACUAAUCUUAUGGUAGCAAGAAGCCUAAUACCGUUGGUUGAAUAUGACAUUGAAGACGGCUUCAAGGAAGGAGAAGACAUUAUUCUCGUUACUAAAGUCUUUGCGAUCUCAACAAAAAUCAGUUCUGCAAAGAAACCCCCGUAUCCAAUGGAUCGAUGGCUAGACGCACCUCGAGUCAUUUUCGAGGAAACAAGGCUGUCAACUGACAGUGAUGGUCAUAUUCAUCUCAAUAUUUGA